GGGGCCGGGAUUGGGGCCCUCCGGAUGCCGUCUGCGUGGCGGAAGCGGACGGUGCGCGCCGACGCGCAUGCGGAAAGCCCGGCUCUCUGAGAGCGGCCUGUUGUUGGGGACGCCUUCCUCAGCGGGGGAUGGGUUUUGUAUUUGUGAGGGAAAGGAGGACGCUCUUUGUCAACGCAGCCCCGCCUCUACAGGAGAAGCCUGUAGGAGUUCCCACCCUGCAUGGAAAGACACUUGGAGCUCUGAAAUCUAGAACUCUCCCCGCUUUUAGGCAGCUACAAUGAGGCUGAAUCAGAACACCGUGCUGGUGGGCAAGAAGGUGGUCCUGGUACCCUACACCUCGGAGCACGUGCCUAGGUACCAUGAGUGGAUGAAGUCAGAGGAGCUGAGGCAUCUGACAGCCUCAGAACCGCUGACCCUGGAGCAGGAGUAUGAGAUGCAGCGUAGCUGGUGUGAAGACGAAGACAAAUGCACCUUCAUUGUGCUGGAUGCAGAGAAAUGGCAGGCCCAGCCUCGCCUCCCUGAAGAGACCUGCAUGGUGGGAGAUGUGAACCUCUUCCUCACAGAUCUGGAGGACCCCACCUUGGGGGAGAUCGAGGUCAUGAUUGCAGAACCCAGCUGCAGAGGCCAGGGCUUUGGCACUGAGGCAUCUCUCCUGAUGAUGGCUUAUGGAGUGAAGAAGCUAGGACUGACCAAGUUUGAGGCCAAAAUCGGGCAAGAAAAUGAACCUAGCAUCAGGAUGUUCCAGAAACUUCACUUUAAGCAGGUGGCUGUGAGCAAUGUCUUCCAGGAGGUGACACUCAGGCUGGCAGUGAGUGAGCCAGAGCAGAAGUGGAUUCUGGAGCAGACGAACCACAUGGAAGAGAAACCCUACAGAGCAGGAUGCAGUGACAACCACCCAGUGUGAGCAGGAGGGUUAGAACUACCCACUGUACCCAAGGCCAGACAGCUGCACGGGAGAUAGAUGUACAGUACCUUCAGUCUGCUCCAGGCCCUCCUGAGCCGGAGUGUGCCUUGGCCGCCCCUGGCAGGCAGUGGCUAAGACUCCUUCCUACUCCCAACCAUAAGCUGACCCUAACUGCACUGGAACAGAUGGCUGUAGUCCAGCAAAGUCAGGGUGGAGGUGGGAACUGGAGGCUGGAAGGGUCUGAAGAACCAGCAUUUCCCUGGGGUCCUGGCUGAGUAAAACACUUGUUUUGGCA